AUGUACAUUUAUCGACAGUUUCUCCCGCGAUUUUCGGCGUGUUUCGACCUAUUUUUAAAGAGGGAACGGGACGAUGAAGGCCCUUUUUCCCGAUUAAUUCCACAUGAGACAUAUUUUCGAUAGUUCAGCACAUUGAAAUUUAUAGGUAAUGUUGUAAACUUACGAAUAG